AACAAAAACAUUUAGCCGAACGUCGUUUUUGUCAAAUGUAGGUAAUAACUAGUCGUCCAGAAGGUAAAAACGGUGUCAGAGGAGACACAAAAACUCAAGAAGAACAGAGAAAGACUGUUGAAGAUGGCGGGAGACCGGCGGGAUGAUAAAGAUGGAGAAGUUAAUGUUCUGGAGGAUAUUUUAACUGAUGCUCCAGACCAAGAUGAUGAACUGUACAACCUUGAAAGUGAACAUAACAUAAAUGAUAAGAAAGGGUCCAAAAGGAAAAGUGACCAUCGAGAUAGCCACAGUGCGAAGCGGCUUAGGUCUUCUGGCCACUCUACCAGGCCACCACCGAAGAGAUCAGCACCUUCCCCUGGAAGCGCUGGGAAAAAGUCAUCCAGUGUGAGAGGCAGACACACAUCUGCUCACUUUUAUGAGGAUGGAAAGAGCCAUUCUGGCAGAGGGAGAUCCUCCAGGGCUGAUAUAUCCAAAGGGCAAAGCAGAGACCAUCAGAGGAGAAUGCCAGAGCUGAAAGAGAAGCUGCGAAGAACCAGUGAAGACAGGGCCAGCCGCUCCUCCAAAGAAGAUGAAGAGGAUGUUCAGUCAGAGGAGUACGCUUCUGAGCACCAGAUUGCCACUUCUGCAGGCUCCUCUGAGGGUAAUCGCUCCGACGGUGAGGAAGAAGACUUGAUGGAGGACGACAUGGAAGGAGAAAAAGGUCCAGAGGAAGAAGAUGAGGAAGAGGAAGUUGAGGAGGAAGAAGGAGAGGAAGAGGAGGAGGAGUAUGAGCUAGAGGAUGGUGACCAGCAGGAAGAAAAUGAGCAGAAUGAUUACGACACACGCAGUGAAGCUAGCGACUCCCAGUCAGAAUCCGUCUCUUUCUCGGAUGGGGAAUCGGUACAUUCAGCAUCAGGCUCUGAGGCCUCAGAUAAGGAAAGGCAAAAGAAGAAGCACGCUAGAGGGAUAUCACCAAUCGUUUUUGAUAGAAGUGGAAGCUCAGCUUCAGAAUCAUACGCAGGGUCUGUAAAAAAGCAUGAGAAGCUGCCAUCCUCAGUCCUGGCUGUCAGGAAAGAUCAAACCAGCAAGCUGAAAUACAUCCUGAGAGACUCCAGGUUCUACCUGAUCAAGAGCAAUAACCACGAGAAUGUUUCUCUUGCUAAAGCAAAGGGGGUGUGGUCCACCCUACCUGUAAACGAGAGGAAACUAAACGCUGCAUUUCGUUCAGCCAGAAGCGUCAUCCUUAUCUUUUCAGUCCGGGAGAGCGGCAAAUUUCAAGGAUUUGCUCGGCUCUCGUCUGAGUCUCAUCAUGGAGGUUCUCCAAUCCACUGGGUCCUGCCAGCAGGCAUGAACGCUAAGAUGCUCGGAGGUGUCUUUAAAAUCGACUGGAUCUGCAGGAGGGAGUUACCUUUUACAAAAACGGCACACCUUUCCAACUCCUGGAACGAGCACAAGCCUGUGAAGAUUGGACGUGAUGGACAGGAGAUCGAGACCGACUGCGGCCUGCAGCUGUGUAUGCUCUUCCCUCCGGACGAGAGCAUCGAUUUGAAUCAGGUUAUACACAAAAUGCGCCACAAGAGGAGGACGCACUCAGAGCCUCGUUCCCGAGGCCGCCCCGUGCACAGAGAGCCCGCCCCCCGAGACGUGGGAAGGCGUCGCCCUGAAGAAUAUGACAUGCACAACAGGAAGCGGCCCAGGAUUGACUAUCCUCAUGAGUUCCCCCAGAGACCAGGUUUUAUUCAAGACCCUCGUAAUCAGCCAGUGGACAGGCGGUUUUCCGGAGUACGAAGAGAUGUGUUCCUUAACGGGCAGCAUGAAGAUUCAUACAGAUGCAGAAAAGCUCUGUCUUACAACGAUUACAUGCGAGAAUUCCAUCACAGCAUUGGGCCUCCACCACCAUGGCAGGGAAUGGGACCCUAUCCAGGCAUGGAUCAGCCACCCCACCACCCAUAUUACCAGCACCAUGCUCCGGCACCCCAGACCCAUCCUUCGUACUCAAGUCAUCACCCUGUGCCCCAUGAUGCCCGCUUUAGGGAGAAGAGGACUGCACGCUCCUUUUCCACCAGUCUGCAUGAUUACGACAUGCGUGUAGACGACUUCCUGAGGCGCACACAAGCGGUGGUAAGCGGCCGAAGAAGUCGCCCACGAGAGCGCGAGCGCCAGAGGGAGCGCGACCGACCGCGGGAUGCCCGCCGAGAGCGCGAGAGGGAGCGCGGACGCGAGAGAGACCGUGACCGAGAUCGCAUCAGAGACCGUGACCGAGAGAAAGAGAGAGGUCGCUAUCGUAGAUAAGAGGUCAUAUGUACAGCUAGUAUUGCAUUCGCAUUGUUUUGUGAUCACAGAAGAUUUACUCAGUAUGGAUUCUCUAUUGAAAAUCCUUUUUAAUUUCUGUUCAGAGAACACGGCCCUUUGGUUCCUGUAGAUAAUGUGAUUUUGAUGUUUUUUGUUUCUGUAUAAAGCUGAACUGUGUCUCAAACUGUUCCUUUCAAAUGUUCUUUUAAAAAUAUGGACAGUGUUGUACUGGCACUGACGAUUAUUUGAAUCAUGCAUGCAGUGUUUCUGCUGUGAGAACCAAAAAUUUUCUUUUUAAUCAUUCAACUUCUUUUCAUUCAAGGCAGCGUUUUCCAUACAAGGGGGAAGAAUCUGUGUGUUAAAACUGUUCUACUGUUUUUUCAGCUUCGUAAAAGGUUGCGAUCCUGCACAUUCUAGUGUUGGUAAUAUCUGUUCAUGUAAAUAGACACUAAUGGACUGUUGAGCAGUACAGCCGACUGCAGUAAGAACCUUUUAUCCAGCUUUAUGUUCAUGUUCUGAGUAGAGGUGUAAAAAGCAACACCAUCUUUAUCUGUUAAUCACCGCUGAAGAGUAAAUGUUAUGAAGGUCACUAAACCAACAUGCUGUAAUGUUGUUUUGUCAGAAAAGUUGCAUCUUUUACUGAUAGUUUUUGUAUUAUUAAAAAAAAAAAAAACCUAAUCAUUGUGUUUUAAUAAAGCUUUUUUACAUGA